AUGUAACAAGAUAAUUAGUAUGAAAAUACAUACUACUAACCAAAAGGAUUCAUAAUGCAUACUAGAUAAUCAAUUAAACCUUUUCUUUUACCAUAAACAGAAGCCAGCACACAUCGCUUUUCAUAAUUAGAUUAUUUUACAGAACCCACAGCUAGUAUUGUAGAUCCAUAAGGACCAUAAACUGAUAGAACGUAUGUCAGAAACAAUAGAUAACUUCUCAAAAAUAUUAAACCUGUUAACAUAGAACCUGAAUCUAAUAUUUUAAAUGAAGAGAAGAAUAAAUUACAAACUAAGUUUAAUUUAUUAGAUUCUUUUACUAUAAGACAUUCAUAACAUCAUUUAUAAGUGAAAAAUGACAUUAAAUAAGAAAUAUUAUAGAGAAAAUUUAGUGAAUAAAAAUAAGGUUUCAAAGUAUAACAAUUAGAUGAAGAAUAUGAGUCUCAUGUAAUUUUAAGAAGAAAUCAAUUCUUUUAUACUUCUUUAAGAAUUAAAGAUAGAUAUUCUCCAUUAACUCUUCAAAUCAGAAUCAAAUAAGGUGAUCCAAAUACAAGAUUAAGAAUAUUUGCAUCUCCUAAAUUUAUCUAACCUAAUAGAUUUAAUGCUGCUGUUGAAGUUAGUGGAAGAUAAUUAAAAUUUACAUCUAAUUCUGAAAUCUUUCAAGAAGAAACCUUAUAUGUUGCAAUCUUAGCCUUAAAUGAAUUAUCAAUUGGUAUAAACAUUGAAUUUGGAAGACCUACAACUAAAAGAGUUAUUUAAAGAGAAAGAAAAGAAAAAUCUAUUCAUGAAUUUCCUCCUGAUUUAGAACUUCAAAUAGAAGAAAUUAUGAUGAAAAGAAGACUUCGUUAUGCAAAUUAAUAAAAUUAUGUUGAAUUAAAUAAAUGUUCUUAAAUGUCUCGUAGAAUUCCUGAAAAACCUCAAACACCAAAAUAUAUAGAAGUAAAAUAAAAAAUUAGAAGAAUGAAAGUUGAAUAAAGUCUUAAAAGAGUAGCAUAAUUAUAAGUUCAUGAUAUUGCAAAAUAAAUACAUAGAAAAUAAUUAGAAAUGUAAAGAGAAAUAAAACAUCGUGAGUAUGUUUAAAAGACUUGGUUUAAGAUUAUUUGUUUAAUCAAUAUUUUAGCUCCUGGUAUUAAUGAAUUUAUAGAAAAUCAAAGAUAAUUAGUUGCUAAAAAUAUGAAAAAACAAAUCUCUUUAGUCUAACUCUUAAAUAAAAUUAGAAAAAAAGUAGAAAAAUUUGGUCCUAAUUGUAAAUUAAGAACUAUCUUAUAAGGAAAAUGGUAAUAUUCAUUCAUUUCUUAAUAGUUGUUUACAAUUGAUUGCUAAUAAUUCAAGAAUGAUAGCUAAAAGAAGAGCUUAAAAGAUUAUUACACAAAUGUUGUAAAACAACAUUACUUGCUUUAUUACUGAAAGUAAAGGCACACAUGUUGUCAAUUUAAGUAAUGCGAAAAACCAUAUGAAGUAAAGAAAUGCGUGAAUCGAUUAGUGAAGCACAAAAUAAGUAGAAUUGAGUUUAUGAGCAAUCUUAAACUAUAUUUGAGUGUCCAGUAUAAGCAACUAUAUCAAAUUGCUCUUAGAUACAGUAAAUAAAGUGAAUCAGCUAAAAACAAAAGAGAUCCUAUACAUUUUCUUUUAUACGAUGCGUAAAAUUAAUAAAUAAUAAUAUAGUUCUUUUCUGCAUCAAAUGACAAAGAAAUUAUUAAGUCAUGUAUUUGAAAAGUGGAAUAAGAAUUUUAUCACUUUUAGAAAUGCAACCAAAGAAGAAAGAGAAAAAUAAGGUAAAAAAGGAGUAGCCCUAUUUUGGCAACCCCCAAAACUUUUUGAAUUACCAUAAGAUAUAGUGGUUAGACUAUUCUUAUUUGAAGAACUUGAGAAAAGAGGACUAAUAACUGGGGAAUACAAAGAAUGA